CCUGCAGAAAGUUUGUGCAGCCGGGCGCCUCUCAGAAGCUGAAGAGGCCGAGCCCCGCGGCAGGGAGCUGCAGCUCCCCCGGCGCCGGGAGGAGGCGGGAUGAGGAAUGCAGGCUGAGGGAUGAAGGAUGGGGAUGCGGGGCGGUGUCGCAUUUAAAGGCGGCAGCAGCGGCGGCGGAGCGGACAAUGACCGAAGUGAAGGUGGCCGUGCUGGGCGGCAGCGGGGCCGGCAAGUCGGCGCUGGCCGUGCGGUUCCUGACACGGAGAUUCAUCGGAGAGUACGCGUCCAGCGCCGAUUGCAUCUACACUAAACACUUGUGCCUGGAUGGGAGGCAGAUACACCUGGAAAUUUAUGACCUUUGUUCACAGUGGCAGAGAAAAGGCUCUGAAGUGACAAGAGUAACAUUCCUUUUCCCUGUGCACUUGAACUUCUUCCAGCCUCAGCAGGGGAAGCUGUCCCUCACAGAUGAGCUGCACUGGGCUGAUGGAUUUAUCAUUGUUUACGACAUCAGCGACCGAGCAUCGUUUGCGUUUGCAAAAGCACUGCUGUACAGGAUCCGAGAGUCUCACUUAGCAGUUUGUAAAAAAAUGGUCGAGUCUUCGAUCUUUUUGGUUGGCAAUAAACAGGAUUUAUGCCACAUGAGGGAAGUUGGCUGGGAUGAAGGACAGAAGCUGGCAAUUGAAAACAAGUGCCAGUUCUGUGAACUGUCUGCAGCAGAGCACUAUCAGGAAGUUGUGGCAAUGUUCACCAAAGUCCUGAGAAAUACCACUUCCAACUUCAAAGUGAAGGAAAAGAGACGACCAAGUGGUUCCAAGUCCAUGGCCAAGUUAAUCAACAAUGUGUUUGGAAAGAGAAGGAAAUCUGUGUAAGAGGUGGUUAGGCUUGAGGUUGGAACAAGCUGAAAUAAAGGAGCAGAGGCAGCUCUUGGCAUUCACUGAAUUUCCUCCAAAGGUCAAUAUCUGGAGGAGUAAGACAGUAGAAACCAUAGGUGGGAGAUACUAUGGUCUAGACUUAGAAGACCUGACCUUCUAUUUAAAGUUCUACUACAGAUUUACUGUUUAGGGCUGUGCCACUUUAACUGUAAGCUGCUCCCGAGAAGAGGUUUAGUCUGUAUUUAUUCAACACCCAACAUGGCCCUGGAUAGAGCUGCUAGGUGCAACUGAAGCAUAAAUACUUGUUUCACAGAUUCGUUUGUAUUGGAAAAGACCCUUAAGAUCAUGAAAUUCAGCCUUUAACUGAACACUACCAAGCCUACCACUAAACCAUGUCCCUAAGUGCCACAUAAUAUCCAGUACAUUCAGCCUUGCUGAUCAAAAUCUUACUUCAGAAUUCUGAGUACUUGUUUCUUUGUGUGCAAGAACAUUUGCACUAAAGAAAAGCAAAAUAUUGUGGCUUCAUGUGGCAAUGUAUUUGUAUGUAACUCAGGUCCUUGUGUGCCUUACACUUGCUGAAAUUCAUAGCAAUUAAAUGCUUAGACACCAAAUCUACCAAAGGUAUUUACCGGCAAAGCUGCCUUGCAGAGGCACCAGAAGUGGGAAAGCAGAUUUUUUUUUUUUUUUUUAAUUCCAUGACUGAUGAAAGUAAGUAGAGAGGGUUGAGGAGUGUGGGAACUGAAAUGUUAGCAAAAUGUAAGUCAGUGAGCACUGGAGUUCCGGUAAGGGCACUGUGGAGUGAAAUAAUUUUACAGCAAGGGCCACAGAAAGCCUGGGUCGAUCCCUUUCACAGAACAGUUUUAAUAAGCUUUAACAAAAGUUUCAUUGGCUGUAAGGUGGAUGUGACUGCUCAAUCUCAGAUGGCAGCAGAAGCUUGGGAAGCAUGUGGACUGGCAAAGAGCACAAGUCCUUUAGGAUGUCUGCCUGGAUUUAAAGGUCAGCUGCUGCUAAGACCUGUGCUCACAGAGUGUUUUUCCUAAUAACCAAUGUCCUUACAACUCCUCAUUGCUGUGGCAUUGAAAUGCCACUGGAGAGAACACUAUGUACUGUCAGCUACACUUUUCAGCUGUGGAUAUUAAACAUCAGAUGGGUGCAAAUAUGUUGUCAGUUGACAUUCAGAGCUCUUACUCUAGACAGCUAAAUAAGGGCUUAGCCCAGGGUGUUUGCAAGUGUUGUGCUCAUACAGAAAUUAUGAAAGGGAAGUGAUCUGAAGAUGAAUUGCUGCCUCCUAACCACUCCAGGGGACAGCUGGGAUUCAGUCUUUGUAGGAUACUGAGCAGAAGCCUACCUCUGCUUUGAAAUUUUACCUGCAUUGAAACUAGAAAGGUUACUUUCAGUUUUGAGUGUUCACCCAUAAGACAACAUAAAAAGAUUAUAUGUAAUCUUAGCAGUAAGGUUGUAAUAUAGUACUAAACACGUUUUACUGUGUUGACCAAAGAUCACAUUCUUUUUUAAAGCAAAAGAUAGUGUUUCUUUCACUUAAUAUACCACAAAUAUUGGAACAUAGUUCUCAGUUACAGGCACAGGAUUGCUUUGUUUUCUCUGCAGAUGUUGCUCUGCCAUAACAGGAACAUUGUAUUUUAACUGUAUGGUCAACAUCUAUGAGACUGAACGUGCAGAUUACUCAUGUACACCCCUCAGCUUCCCAGCCCACACAGGAUUCCAGAACUUCUAACUAGUUAUCUUGCUCUAGCAUUGCCACAUUCCAGAACUCUUAUUUGUAUUUACUGCUCUGGUAUUAAAUAAACUGGAUAUAAAAUGGA